AUGUCAGAACCAGAACAAUCAACAAGUAAUAGUUCUGUUAUAAAAAACUCUAUAACACCAUCAACCAGCCAACAAGUCCCCCUAAAAAUACUCGCGAUAGGCUCAGCUUACGAAGAUACGAUACUUUACGUAGACAAAUUCCCUCCUGAAGAUGGUAAACAAAGAGCUCAAAGGGUUGAAAAAAGAAGGGGCGGUAAUUCGGAUUUUGAAGCACGCAAUAUAAAGACUACAACAUGUAUAUUUAGGCCUAGUGCGACACAUGCCCCAGUUGCGUAUAUUAUUCACGCUGAUAAUACUGGACGUAAUGCUGCUGAAGAAGCAAAAAUGAUUGAAUAUAUUGAUACUAAAGAUUGGAGAGAUAAAGCUAUUAUAAGUGUUGAAUUUGAAAAACCUUUUAGAAGAGGAUUGGAAGUUUUAAUUGAUAAAGCCGAUGUUUUAUUUUUUUCUAAAGUUUUUGCUGAAGGUAAAGGUUAUGAUCAUGCUGAUGAAUUUUUACAAAUUAUGAGUCCUUAUUGUAAAGAAACUGCCCUUCUAUUUUGUACUUGGGGUUCAGCUGGUGCAAUGUGUUUUCAUAAUCCAACAAAAAAAUUCUUCUCGGCGCCGGCUUUAGCAAUUUCAAGUGUAGUUGAUAGUGUGGGUGCUGGUGACACAUUUAAUGCUGGUGCUAUAUAUGGCUUGUCGCAAGGAAUGCCUCCGGAAAGUUGUCUAAAAUUUUCUUGCGAAUUGGCUGGUAGAAAAUGUGCUCAGAAUGGUUUUGAUGGUGUUGUUGAGAAAAUGAAAUUAGCUGCAAUGAAAAAGGAAGAAAACGCUGCAAAUAAGCAAAUGAUUUGA